GAGCAGAAGGCCAGGAAAUACCCAGGAGUGUGUGUCACCUGCCCCCGACAACUUGUUGAUUCCCAGGAGCACCGCCUUUUUUGGUCUGGGCCCCGGAGAGGACCGUCUGGCUCACCUGUCCCCCAGGCGCGGCCCCGGGGAGCCCCUGAGACGCCCCUGGGACCGCUCGCCCUUCAGCGCCACAGCCAUGAGCAAGUUGGGCAAGUUCUUCAAAGGGGGUGGCCCUUCGAAGAGCCGAGCCGCUCCCAGUCCCCAGGAGGCCCUGGCCCGACUUCGGGAGACUGAGGAGAUGCUGGGCAAGAAACAGGAGUACCUGGAAAAUCGAAUCCAGAGGGAACUCGCCCUGGCCAAGAAGCACGGCACGCAGAAUAAGCGAGCUGCAUUACAGGCACUGAAGAGAAAGAAGAGGUUUGAGAAGCAACUCACUCAGAUCGAUGGCACACUUUCCACCAUCGAAUUCCAGAGAGAAGCCCUGGAAAACUCACACACCAACACUGAGGUGUUAAGGAACAUGGGCUUUGCAGCAAAAGCGAUGAAAACAGUUCAUGAAAACAUGGAUUUGAACAAAAUAGAUGAUUUGAUGCAAGAUAUCACAGAGCAACAGGAUAUUGCCCAAGAAAUCUCAGAAGCAUUUUCUCAACGGAUUGGUCUUGGUGAUGACUUUGAUGAGGAUGAGUUGAUGGCAGAACUUGAAGAAUUGGAGCAGGAGGAAUUAAAUAAGAAGAUGACAAAUAUGCGGCUUCCAAAUGUGCCUCCUUCUUCUCUCCCAGCACAGCCAGAUAGAAAGCGGAGCAUGCCUGCCACCACUGCUCGCCGGUCCAUGCCUUCCCCUGCGCGUGGAUCUGUGCCUUCCCCUGCGCGUGGAUCCGUGCCUUCCCCUGCGCGUGGAUCCGUGCCUUCCCCUGCGCGUGGAUCCGUGCCUUCCCCUGCGCGUGGAUCCGUGCCUUCCCCUGCUCGUGGAUCCGUGCCUUCCGCUGCGCGUCGGUCCCGGGCAGUGUCAUCCAGGAGGGCAGAAGAAGAGGAUGAUGGUUUCAAACAAUUGGCAGCUUGGGCUACUUAAACUAAAACGGAAUUUUUUUGACACCUUAAAUUAAUGGGCUAUACGUAAGACAUAACAAAUGUUUUUUUUGCCAAGUUCAGAAGUUAAUGAAGACUGUGUUUUAUAUUUAUACUGGAUGAAUAAUUGUCUUUUAAGCCUCAUAAGUAAAAGUUAAAAAAAGGAGUUGUGGAUAGACAUAGAAUCAGUGAUGGAAAAGGGCUGUCUAGCAGUGUCUUGAUCCCUCCAUACAGAUGGGAUGGGGGCAUGUCUGUCUAUCUUGUUUACUACUGUAUUUCCAGUCCUGAUACAUAGGUGUUGAUCUCUGUAUAUAUGUUGAAAGAAAACUGAAUUCUACUGGCAUAUAACACAUAUAACAGUUUAAAAGCCAUUUAAGAGUGAUACGUUUGUUUAGGAUAGCUGGUGAAAAUAACAUUCUUUCCUAUGUGAAUACAGGUUCGCUGUAUCCAUGUGGCUCAUGGCAAAUGUAAAUAUACUGUGUUUCUUUUGGGAGAGACUUCUUAUAGAGGCAUCCUGUAUAAGUCUAUACAUAAGUAGUUUCACUUGAGUUUUGCAGUUUAAAAUCUUAAAGGAGCUUUAAUUGACAUUUAUUAUACCAAUUAAGCUUGGAAUGGGGCAAUGGAUGCGUUUCCCAAAACGUCUGAAAGCACUAACAGCUUACACUGCUGAGUGAGAAUCUCCUGAGUGUCAUUUAUCCACUUAGGGAACUGCGUUAACAGUCCCAGGCCAUUACGAUGCUGUUAUGGUUUCGGUGUACUAAAUGUGUGAGUGUUCUUCCUUCUCUGUUUUGUGCUCUCUUGUACAUUUAUUUACACUUUACAGCAUAUUCUUUGUAAAUACAUAAAAAUAUUGGCAAUUAAAAGUAUAUCUUGAAUACA